AGUUUGCGUGGUGCAGACUGCAGAAUGCAGAGCGCAUUGUAAGGCUGAGCACAGUUUACGCGCUUUGACGAAGGACGUAGUUUUUGUAGAGGGUUCAAACGUGUGUCUUGAUUAUUUGUAUAUAUCAAUUGUAGCCAUUACAACAUGUUUAUCUUUGGAUAUGGUUCAUUAAUGUGGAAAGCAGACUUUCCCUACGUGCAAAAAAUUCCGGGCUUUGUUACAGGCUAUGUAAGAAGGUUUUGGCAGGCAAGUGAGGAUCACAGAGGCGUUCCCGGCAAGCCUGGUCGUGUGGUCACUUUGAUCUCGACGCAGAACCCAAAAGAUGUGAUCUGGGGUGUAACAUAUGAGAUAGACAAAGAGGAUGAAGAAAAUGUUGUCUCGCAUCUGGAUUUUCGUGAGAAGGAUGGCUAUACCAAAAACACAGCACUAUUUUAUCCUGUAGCAGUUGAGACAACACAAGAAAUAACCAAACUCGAUCCAUUUGAAGUAGUGCUGUACAUAGCCACAGAAGAUAAUAAAUUUUUCAUGAGAAAUGAAACUUUUGAGGAAACAGCUGCAUGCAUUGCAAGUGCUCAUGGACCGAGUGGCAGUAAUGCAGAAUAUUUGUUCAACCUCGCAGCAGAAAUGAGACGCAUUGCACCUCAUUAUGAUGAUACCCAUCUCUUUGCUUUAGAAAGUGCUGUACGAAAAAUACAAAGCAACAAAGAGUCUACUGCCAAAGCAUGAGCAGAAACUGAAGUUAAGAUUCUCUGGGCCUCUAUGCAACUUUGAUGUGUGCCCUGGUUUGACUUUCUAUAGUUCCUCUAUGCCACAUUCCUCCUCCCUCCUGACCUUCCCCCUCAUUCCUGACUCACCUCCCCCUCCCCCCCCCCUCCCCAUAAUAUUUCUUUACUUUUAUCAUCCAUUGAAGUAAGGUAAAAUCAUAAAGAUGCAUCUACAGCUCCUUUUACAUGAUCAACUUUCAUUUGUCAAUUGACUUCUCAAGACAAGUUUGCCUACUGCAGCGACCAUGGUGUAUUAUUCCUUUACAGAAUCUCAUCGGCUUAAAGUUCUCAUUUUCAUUUACACGUCAGUGAAAAAAUUUCAAGUAAUGAGAGAGCUGUCUGGUGUGCAGUUUGGCAUCUGAUCUGUGAAAAUGAGGUUAUGAGGAACUAUCCUUUUUAUGAAAAACAUGGUACGUACUGUAGGAACAAGAAAGGAUAAUGUUUUUGUACGUCCAUCCUUUUAGCAGGACAUCUCUGGGACGACGGUCGCUUACUAUCGUGACAAAAAAUAAAAACACCUACAGCCGUCCUUACGAUUUUAUUUUAUUUUGUCGCUACCAGUUUCGACGCUUCAUUGCAUCAUCUUCAGGUUGUUUCGAUGCGGUACAACCUGGAGUGACAAAAUAAAAUAAAAUCAUAAGAAUGGCUGUAGGUGUUUCUAUUCUUUGUCAAGAAAGGAUAAUAGUUUAUUCGUGCCAAAAGGAUUCAUAGUGGUCAUUCUACUCAAAGGUUGCAUUGUAAAUUCUUCACACUUCUGAGAACUGAAAGAAUAUGAAAAGUGUCAUCCAAACGUUUCGAAGAUAUAAAAUUACUUGUUUGAUUUUAUAUAUAUACUUGCGAAUAUGUGAAAAAAAUCUAGAAUGCAGUAAAUAGCACCUUUUUGCUUCAUACUGUGUAUCCUGUUUUCCUUGCUAAGUGCCAAAAGCAUUGAAAAUUACUUUUCUCAACAAAUAAUUACUUCUUUUUUUGUAGUACAAAUAAUUUUCAUUAAAACACAUGUAUCUGUUUCCAUUCUUAUUUCUGCAUAGUGUAGUGGAACAUAAGUGCCUUUGUCGUUUCAGUAUUUUUUCUAUCUUCUAAGACAACAUUAGUAGGGAAUAAUAUCAGGCCCUUGUGUAACUUUCAGUGUGUUAAGAAAUCAUCAAAUCUAUUUCUAUAAAACGAGUGAGCUCAACCAGACUAGGGCGAUUUUCUAAUUUGAGACUCUACUGAAUUCUCUUGUUUCUGUGUGUGCACAGUCUGCAACAUACUCGGAUAUUUAGAACUCCACGAAAGUUGCUCAUGUACAAAGGGGGGUAAUACUGAAUUAGUAAUGCAGUGGAGGAAGACAAAGUUCUGGAAGGGGCUAACAGUCAGUAUUAAUGCAGCUUUUAAAAAGAAAUUGUUCUCAUGUUUCAUGUUUUGUGUGUGUGUGUGUGUGUGUGUGUGUGUGUGUGUGUGUGUGUGUGUUGUGUCCUGACAUAAUUGGCUUUGUUUAUUUUUCUUUUAUUGUGUGAGAUAAUGAAAUAUAAUUGGUUACAAACUACUUAAAAUUGGAAACCAGAAAGAUAUCACUUCUACUUUCUUUCUUUCUUUUUCUUCUUCUUUUUUUUUUUUUUUUUUUUUUUUUUUUUUUUUUUUUUUUUUUUUUUUUACACACACACAUAAAAGCAUUACAUGAGUCUUGUAGUCCUGAUCAUAUUUUGGUAUGAUGCACAUGUGUGUCAAAAAUUUUGGUGUUACUAGGAAGACCAGAAUUAUAUUCUUUGAUGAACACUGCUUAUUUCUUAAAUAAAUAAAUCCUUGUUUGCUAGUCACACCUGUGAAGUGGUUAUAUGAGCACACUGAUACAGUAUUUUCUAGAAAACCAACUGUUACAGCUUGGAUUCUCCUCAGUGAGCUCUGAGCUUUGAGUGGUAUACAUGUCGUGACAUGAAUUAUUGCAAUAAGAACCAUGUAUACCAUCUUGAGAAGCAUAUGUAUGAUCUGGACCACACAGUAUCGUUCUUGUUGUGAUCUGUAACAGGUUAAUAGACACUUCACAAACCAUAUUGAAAGUUUUUUUAUAAAAACUUUCAGCCUUAAGUUACCUAACAUAUUUCUGUACUGUAUUUGAUUGGUGUAUUCCUAGCUGUGAUAUUGUAUUGUGUAGUUGUAUUACCAAGUGUCUUAUUUAAAAGCAAUUUCACUGAUUUGAAGUACCUUUAGUUUGUGUGUUCACAAAUGAGUAGUGUUGAAGAAUGUAGUUUGUCAUAGUACAGAAGUCAGUAGUUCAUAUUUUUCUUGAACAACAUUCCACUGUCUUCAAAUGAAUAAAGUGGUAUAUUGAAUAUGCUUGUACAAAAGAGAGUAUUUUAAUUGAAAUGAGAUGUCAUUUAAUAAAUUUGUGUUGAUAUAAAUGUACUUUACUUUUGAAAUAAAUUACUUUUAAUUAUA